UAUUCAUGCCCUCCUAUGUUUGUUUUCAGGAAUGUCAGUGUUGAGUCUGAGUCCAGGAAGGCUCCAGCCCAGGACAUGCAAAUGGGUUCAUCUUUGGAGGCUGAGAAUACUGAGGACAUUCGAAGAGAGAGCAAGGAGGAUGCUCACAGCUUUGAUUGUACUGACUAUGUACUGAACAAUGAUGAAGUGCCUCAUGAUGACAGAGCAGAAAACGACAGUGAUGUUCAAAAUGACAAUAUUCAGAGCAACAAAAUUACACAAACCAGUGUGAAUGCUGAGCAUGAUGAUGAUGUUCCAAACACUAGUGGCAAUGCACAUUCUGACAAUGCCGGUGCUAAAAGGGAAAAUUGCCAUACAGUGACUACUGAUAAUGAUACACCAAAGGAACAAAAGAAAAAUGAAGAUGCUCAUACAAAGGACAGCACUAUGGAUGAGGAGGUCCACAGGAGCCCUGCCGCAGAGAUAUCGGUCACCAGCAAUGGAGACUUGGAGGAGAGCCACGAGGAUGUGUUCAGGGACCCUUCUUACGGUGACCUGAACCUGUCAGAAAGCCAUAUCAGCUCCGGCAACUUUGCCUCGAUGAUGGAGGGCAUCAUUGAAUCAGGACCAUACAAAGGCACUAUGCAAGGGCAGCCACAUAGCGGGCCGGUGGUCCUGGCAGAUGACUUGAAGAACCCGGCCAUGGAGAAACUGGACCUAGUGAGGAAGUGGAGCAUCAACACGUACAAAUGCACCAGGCAGAUCUUGUCGGAGAAGCUGGGCCGCGGCUCACGAACGGUGGACCCGGAGCUGGAGGGGCAGAUUGAAGUGCUGCGUGACAACAAGCGCAAGUACGAGCACGUGGUCAAGCUGACCCAGACUCUGGCCAACCAGCUCACCCAGAUGAUGCAGACUCAGCGGCAGCUGGGUGAUGCCUUCGCUGACCUCGGCCUCAAGUCGCCGGAGCUCCAUGAGGAGUUUGGCUACAAUGCUGACACUCAAAAACUUUUGUCCAAAAAUGGGGAGACCCUAUUGGGAGCAAUCAACUUCUUCAUUGCCAGUGUGAACACACUGGUGGACAAAACAAUUGAGGACACUAUGAUUAACAUCAAACAGUAUGAAAUUGCCAGAGUUGAGUUCGACGCGUACCGCACAGACCUGGAGGAAUUGAACCUGGGCCCGCGGGAUGCCACCACGUUGCCCAAGAUAGAAUACUCCCAGCAACAGUUCCAGAUCCACCGCGAGAAGUAUGAGAAGAUGCGCAACGACGUCUCCGUCAAGCUCAAAUUCCUGGAAGAGAACAAGGUGAAAGUGUUGCACAACCAGCUGAUCCUCUUCCACAAUGCCAUCGCGGCAUACUAUGCAGGAAACCAGCAGCAGCUGGAUCAGACGCUCAAGCAGUUCCACAUCAAGUUGAAAAUGCCCGGCGGGGAUACGCCAUCUUGGCUGGAGGAGCACUAAUCAACUGA